AUGGGAUUUCUAUAUUCCAUUGAGGCUCCCUAUGUUAAAUUAACGAAUGUUGUCUGUGAGGUCUAUAAUAAGUCUUGGGUGGCUGUCCAUUACUGUCGAUUGAAGGCCUAUUCUCGAAAUAAAACCAGCUUACAUAUAAACGCUACUGUUUUCGAGCCGGCCAACAAUAUCUCCGUCAGAAUCAAGUUUAUGAAAAGGGCCAAUGGCUAUAAGCCUUUUCUUUAUGACUUUGUGGUGGAUGGAUGCCAGUUUAUGAGAAAAAGGAAUCAACCCGUGGCCAAAAUAAUCUGGAAUCUGAUCAAGGACGUCUCAACAGUGAAUCAUAGUUGUCCGUAUGUGGGUUAUCAAGCAAUUAGCGAUUUUUAUAUCACUAAUAAUUUGCCGGUUGUUUUGCCAACUGGAGAUUAUCUACUAAUGUUAACAUGGAUUUUCUACGGAAAACGACAGUUUGCAACAAAUGUUUAUUUUCGGUUUGUGGAGGAUUUGACUUCCCAAAAUUAA